CGGGCGUCUCGACUCCCGCGCGCGCUCGGCUGGUCCCAGUCCCCGGGAGAAGAAGCGGAGGAGGGAGCGAGCCAGCGAGGCGGCCCAAGGGAGCGGGCGCGAGUGGCGGCUGCCGGAGCCGCCUGUGCACGGGCGGCGGCGAGGCGAGGGUGGCGGUCGCCUGAGCAGCGAGAGCCGGGGCGGCGCGGAAUCCGCAUCCGCCGCGAGUGUGAUGAAGCUGCCCUGCCUCGCUGCUCCGCUUGCCGCCAGCUGACACCGCCUGCACCCAGCCCGCCCGGGAGGGGAGACGCCGCGGGGCCGUGACCUUGGCGGAGGAGGGCACACUGAUAAUUCUCGUAUCUGAGAGCGGACCAAGUUUUGAGCGACAUGGCCCAGGGGAAUAAUUACGGGCAGACCAGCAACGGGGUGGCCGAUGAAUCACCUAACAUGCUAGUGUACAGAAAGAUGGAAGACGUCAUAGCACGUAUGCAAGAUGAAAAAAAUGGAAUUCCUAUUCGUACGGUCAAAAGCUUUCUUUCCAAGAUACCUAGCGUCUUCUCUGGUUCAGACAUUGUUCAAUGGUUGAUAAAGAACUUAACUAUAGAAGAUCCAGUGGAGGCGCUCCAUUUGGGAACAUUAAUGGCUGCCCAUGGCUACUUCUUUCCAAUCUCAGAUCAUGUCCUCACACUCAAGGAUGAUGGCACCUUUUACCGGUUUCAAACACCCUAUUUUUGGCCAUCAAAUUGUUGGGAGCCGGAAAACACAGAUUAUGCCGUUUACCUCUGCAAGAGAACAAUGCAAAACAAGGCACGACUGGAGCUCGCAGACUAUGAGGCUGAGAGCCUGGCCAGGCUGCAGAGAGCGUUUGCCCGGAAGUGGGAGUUCAUUUUCAUGCAAGCAGAAGCACAAGCAAAGUGAGUCCUUAGUGGACAAGAAGAGAGACAAGAUUGAAAGGAAGAUCCUUGACAGCCAAGAGAGAGCGUUCUGGGAUGUGCACAGGCCUGUGCCUGGAUGUGUAAAUACAACUGAAGUGGACAUUAAGAAAUCAUCCAGAAUGAGAAACCCCCACAAAACACGGAAGUCUGUCUAUGGUUUACAAAAUGAUAUUAGAAGUCACAGUCCUACCCACACUCCCACACCAGAAACUAAACCUCCAACAGAAGAUGAGUUACAACAACAGAUAAAAUAUUGGCAAAUACAGUUAGAUAGACAUCGGUUAAAAAUGUCAAAAGUCGCUGACAGUCUACUAGGUUACACGGAACAGUAUUUAGAAUACGACCCGUUUCUCUUGCCACCUGAUCCUUCUAACCCAUGGCUGUCCGAUGACACCACUUUCUGGGAGCUUGAAGCAAGCAAAGAACCGAGCCAGCAGAGGGUAAAACGAUGGGGUUUCGGCAUGGACGAGGCAUUGAAAGACCCAGUUGGGAGAGAACAGUUCCUUAAAUUUCUAGAGUCAGAAUUCAGCUCGGAAAAUUUAAGAUUCUGGCUGGCAGUGGAGGACCUGAAAAAGAGGCCUAUUAAAGAAGUGCCCUCAAGAGUUCAGGAAAUAUGGCAAGAGUUUCUGGCUCCUGGAGCCCCCAGUGCCAUUAACUUGGAUUCCAAGAGUUAUGACAAAACCACACAGAACGUGAAGGAACCUGGACGAUACACAUUUGAAGAUGCUCAGGAGCACAUUUACAAACUGAUGAAAAGUGAUUCAUACCCACGUUUUAUAAGAUCCAGUGCCUAUCAGGAGCUUCUACAGGCAAAGAAAAAGUCUGGAAACUCAAUGGAUCGCAGAACAUCUUUUGAAAAAUUUGCACAGAAUGUGGGCAGAAACAUCCCUAUUUUCCCAUGCCAUAAAAACUGUACACCAACACUGAGGGCCAGCACUAACCUGUUAUGAAAAGAGGGGAAAUCUCUCACGUCCAAGAGGUUAACAAGCCUUGUUCAGUCUUACUAAACGGAUCAUCUUGUAGCAUGAAUGCAGACUGGAGUCACUGCACAUACUUUGUAGCUCGCUGUUGUGAUCUGGAGCAGAGGACAUUAGAACAAGAUGUUGCAUGAGCAAAGGACCUAAAUUGUUAUUUGUGUGUGUACAUUCCAUCUCCAAUGGACUCUUCCAUCUCAAUGCCUCCAUUCCAAACUGUUGUCUGCUUUCUUUCUCCCUCUACUUACGCUGGAUCUGUGUCUUUUCCUUUUUAACGAGUUCAAGUGAAGUAAAACCUUUUCUUUUUUUCCUUCUCUCUCUCUCUCUCUCUCAAAGCUUCAGCUAGACACACAGUUCACUGAAAAUUCAGUCAGUCAAAAACUGGAAGAACUGUAAAAGAAAAAAGUAUAUAUCAAUAAGUAUACAUACGGCUUCACAUUUAUUAAACAGUAAAUUCGCACAGAAAGUUUCAUUUCACCAAUGUAUCCACAGUCGGAAAGAAACUCCUGUCUUUGUCUGUUGUCUGUACAUUCUCCGUUAAUGUUUCUUGCAUUUAUUUUUAUACCAUAUUUAAAGAAGAAACACCUUUUACUCCAAAUGUAUUAAAGUUGUUCCCUUCUCUGUAAAUUUGUGUAUGUUUAUAUUGUUGUUUUAUCUUUCAUUAAAAGAUGCAGAAUCUCA